CCAAAGCCAAACCAAACCCAACAAAAUUGAAAACCCUUGCAAGAGUUCAAACGUCCCCGCCGGAAUACUUCGGUCGCUCUCGCCGAGCACUCACUUUCAGUUUUCCUCGGUCGCCGCCAUAAUAAGGGGAGCACCUCGCCUGCGAACUAUCCGAACUACAGAAUGCGAUAGCCCUACGUAUUGACAAACUGGUAUACCCAAUGGACCUUUCCAUGGAAAUCGAUGAAGACGAAGAUAUUAACAAACUGAAAAAGAGAAAAGCAACGAAGGCGAAUCGGAGUAAGAUCGAUGACGCAGUCGUCGUUGCAUCGUCGGGGAAGAGGAACAUUAAAAGAAUCAUAUUAUCUGUAACGAAGCCCUCAUAUACUUUAAAGAGAGGCUCAGGGCGAGAUAUGCGUAGUUUGCGGUGGGAACAUCGGAAUAAACUGCGAUACCUUCUUCGACAACUGAUUCGGCGUCAAAAUUGGGAUGAAGCGUCCGGCGUGUUGAGCGUGUUGUUGAAGGGGACGCACAGAGAGAAUAGUUUAUCGACGAAUCGGACUAAAUAUUGGACUACAUUGGCUCUUUUAGAACACAUGGGAUCUGCGAAAACAAAAACAAGAAAAAUCCAUCAUUUAUAUGAAAUAUGGAUGAAAAAGAAUUUUGCAAUUACAAAAAAUAGGCGGUGGUUAAAGGGUAGGUUUGAUGUACAGUUAGAAUUCCUCCUUUACUGUCUUUCACAAGGUGACUCAGAUGGAGCUUACCAGGCUGUUAUAAGUUUUCUGCAAGAAACAGACUUCACAAGUGACCCAAUAGCAAAUUUGGUUGCGGGGUUAGCCUUUUCUCAUCUAUGGUACAAUUCCAUUAAAAAAGAGAUGCAAUUGCAGGAUUCACUUGAACCUUCUACUUCCAUUCAGUCAGGAAUGUCUGGAAUUGACCAUUCCAAUGGACAAUGUGUGGUUGAAGUCGAAGAUUCCGAUUCCGCCUUCGAAAGGGAUUCAAACACCUCUAUCAGAAUUGGCAAAACAAUUGAUGGAAAUAGAGUAGUUCCAAUGGAGGUUGAUUAUAAUGUGAAAAAGGAAAUGCAAUAUGAAGAACUACAUUUAAACUCUCUUGAGAGUGAUCAAAUUGACGACUCUUCUCAAUUCCCUCAUACUGGCAACAAGCGAUAUGGUUCUAUAUUUUAUGCUCAUGAUCUUGAAAAUUUCUUGAUGCCUUUGAAAUUUCCAAGCACAAAAGAACUCGGGGAUUUUAUCUCUUUUCAAAAGAGAAUACACACUGAUCACUAUAAGGCUGCAGUGAAGCAUUUAAGAGGUGCUCUUCAUUCUACUCCACCAGCUUUUGAGGCUUUACUUCCUCUCAUACAGAUGCUGUUGUUUGGGGAUCAAGUGAAGGAAGCUAUAGAAGAGGUGGAAAGUGUUGUUCAGAUUUCUGAUGCCACACUUCCUUUUAGGUUAAAAGCUAGUCUUCAGGAGCAUUUUUCCAAUGAGGAUGCAACCAAAUUGUCUGCAUGCUUUGAGGAGACAUUAAAAAAGGAUCCAACUUGUAGCCAUUCAAUUUCAAAGCUAAUAAGCUUUCAUCAUGAUGGGUUUUACAAUACGGAAAAUUUAGUAGAAAUGAUUGCUUUGCAUUUAGAUGCCACAUAUGCAGACUGCCAUAUCUGGAGAGAGUUUGCUUCUUGCUUCUUAAGGCUUUCUCAAUGUGAUGAGGACAGAAUGUCAAGCUGUGUGGGUGAAGGCAAAGAUAGUUCCAGAAAACAUUCCAAGAAUACCCCUGAUAUGUUUAAAGAUAACACAUCAAGAAAGAAUUGGAGAAUACGUUGUCGAUGGUGGCUGACACGUCAUUUCACCCAAACCAUACUCGCAUCCGAAGUUUCCUCAGGUAACGUGGAGCUUUUAGCUUGCAAAGCAGCUUCGGGGUGUCAUCUUUAUGGUUCGGAAUUUGCGUAUGUUGUCAAGGCUUGUACAUACUUAAAAAAAGAAAAGAGUCGAGAAAUCUCAAUUUUGAAGAUGCACGUGGAGAAUGCUAUUGGAAUUUAUGUCGCUUAGAGGGUCAUGUAUUUAUUGGUUAAACUCAAAUGUAAUGGCCUUGUGUCCAUUAUCUUUUUGUAUUUUAUGAGAGGGUGUCUCAAAGUUUUGGUAGAAGUUAGGCUAUUUAUUACCCUCAAGUUUUGUAAUUUUCUACUUGCAUAUAAAUGUAUAAUAUAAUAUUGUUUAGAGCAUUUGUUUUAGUAAUAUUUAUUUGGUUAA